CUCACUCCUGCUAUUUUCCUUACAGAUAAUAAAUAUAUUUUGACCUAAAUAACACAAAACAUGGCAUCAUCUGGUAAGGUCUAUGGUGAAAAGAAACCAAAGACAUUAUGGGAGAAAAUAUGCGAAGAUUUUGCAGCACAACGAGCAGAAUUUGAAGAUCAAGACUUUGAUGACACAGCUUCAUCUGCACCAACUGACAUUACUCAAUUUUCUGCCAGCCGUCACACACCAGUGGUGUAUGGAAAAAUGGUUCAUGUCGCUCAAGUUGACAGCGAUCUAACACAGGAUUUUGAUCCUGCCAUGAGCCACCCAGCAGCAAUUGGGCUGAGUUUACUCAGCAGGCCUAAUAAAAAGCCUGCACCUCCAUCUCCUGCUCCACCAGAUCCAAAGUUAUGUCCAGCAAGGGACUACCUAGAAGCAUAUGUUUUUCCAACUCUAAUACCAGCAAUGAUAGCAAUGCUUCGGCAAGCGAAAGCAGAAAGGUGCUUUGAAAGAAAAAGGACUAAGUUUAAUGCGUGUGACUUUUUGACAGAGUAUCUGUUUAAACAAAACCCAGAAAAGAAAAUUGGACGUGAAAACAUGAAUUUGUUGGAUAUUUCAUUUGUGAAAGAACAUCUUGUUGAUCAUCCGAGACCUCCUCUCCCACUCUCUCUCCUUUGGUCAGAACCCGAAGCCGCUGUUAAGAUCCAGUCUUUCUGGCGUGGUCAUCUUGUAAGAAUAAGGCCAGAAGUGCAAGAAAUGCGACAAUGGCAGAAUGAAUGGCGAAAUGAAAAUAAAGAUGUGAGGCAGCAGGUCAAUGAAUUCUGGCACCAACAAGAAAAUAAAGAUAUUCCGCCAAGUAGUCCGCAACAGAUACCAAAUGUCUCGAAAUCACCAAGGACACCAGAAAGGAAAUCACGAAAAAGUAGUGCAUCAUCAGGGCGUAGAAGCAAAUCUAAUUUAAAUGUGUAGAUUUCUUUUAGUAUUUUUUAAAUAUAUAUAUAUUUUCUCAAAGUGCUCGUUUACAUUUUCAUCAGUACAAAAACAGUCAUAUUUUCCCAGUGACAGAUAUCAUGUAGUUAAUUAGAAUUUUAUGUAGCCAUGAAAUAUUUCUAAAUAAAUUAAAUUAUUUGGCGCUUACGUAAUAUGUGUACCAGGUUAGGCCAUGAUUUUAUUCCAAUUUUGGGGCU